GUGGCCACUCGACCCUCGCAGUAUGAGCCCCGCGAGUCCGAGAUCGCUCCUGCCGCCACGGAUCCCAACGAACGGGCGUGUGGGCCGUACUAUAACACGCUGCAAGCAUGCGUAAAGCUUGAGCUGGGGGACGAUCUGGACUGAUGGCACCGGGAGAAGCACAUCCCAUUUGGGUCAAGGUGCGGUGUGCUGAAGAACGGAAGCCGACCUGCUUAUCUGACAUAGCAUGAAUGGCCGAAGUUACGACGCGCCGCCGGAGAUAGCAUGAGACCGGCGAAUUGUAGCAACGACCUCAAGAGGUGUAAAAUGAGGGGGAGAGGAGAGUGGACUCAACUCGAUCUUGGUCCGAUUGACCCAGUUUGCACGGCGAGGAUACUAUCGCUGGGGUAUGGUAUGAGAGCCUUGGCCCAUGGAACAUGCAACGGCAUCGUUUGAGUACCAACCGUCCUUCCAGGAUGAAGGGUUUUGGCCGGAAAUGUAGAGAGAACAAUUUCAUACUACUGAUCUUUACAUCAGUGGCCGUAUCCAAGCGAAGCUAGCUUGCCGACAGCGUACCAAGGAAGAACGAACUCACCAGUGUGGUAUCCCCACGAAACGAGACCUCAGUCUUAUAUCCUAGCCUGCGAUGAAACCUCAUGAACAUCGCUCCUACAGCCUCCAGGCUCGCCAUCUCGCUGGGUACCGCUGUCGGAGGCUAUCCAAGAUGGGUAGAACGGAGAGGAUCGGAAAGUGACGAAGACACAUUAGCGAACCUGGAGUCCGGCACCGUGACCUGUGCGUCGUUUUCAUGAGCUAGUAUAAGCAGGAGUGUAAUGAGCACGUCGAGCGGCCGAGCCGUCUGCAGUCUGAAAUGAGAC